AUGGCAAAGAAAGGAAAGAAGUCCGAUUCGGCGGCUGCGUCACAAACAGCCGCAGAGGCCGCCGCGCCUGCUGCCGCUCCAACUCCCGCCGCCGGCUUUGACUCGGAGCUCGACGCCUUCUUCAAAGCUGCCCCUCCCGCGGCACCUGCCAUCAUCCCGGCUGCUGCGACAACGCCCAAGCCUGCAGCUUCCUCUCCUUCGGCAAGCCGCUCGGCACCAGGUCCGUCCAACUCCAAGAAGCGAAAGGCCGCCCAGCCAGAACCACAGGAGGUGCUCGAGCAAGACGACGAUGACGAGGACAGCGAGCAGGAAGACCACGAGGAGGAGGCAGAGGAUGACGACGACGUAGAGAUGGAAGAGGGCGAUGGCGACCUUUCGAGCAUCGACGAGUCUCUCGACGACGAAGGCUCGCUCCUUUUCAGCAACAGCGAAGACGACGCCUCUGACAAGGACGGCGACGACGACGUCGACGCAGAGGACCAAGAACCCUACGUGCCACCCCAGCACGAAUCCGUGUCCAAGUCGCAGACCACCCAAGACGCCAAACCACGCAAGAAGACCACGUUCAAGGAGGAAUCCGAGCCGUCCGAGCUCCGCGAUCAGCGCACGCUCUUCAUCGGCAACCUCCCCAUCGAGACCGCACAGUCGCGCCCCUUGCAGCGCAAGCUCGUCUCUUUCAUCGAGUCCCUCUCUCCCUACCCCAUCCUCACCAAGGCUGUCGGCCUGCGUUUCCGCUCCGUCGCCUUCGCCACACCCACCGUCCACCUCGACGCCGAUGACGACGAAGACGACGAUGCCGCCAAGAAGAAGAAGGCCGGCAAGGCAAAGGAGCGCAGCCAGAACUACCGCGAGGCUCUCGCUGCCGUCGAGGGCGGCGACAAGGCACAGGCUCCCCUCACCGCACAGCAGAAGCGCAAGAUUGCCUUCAUCAACAAGGAUUUCCACGAAAAGGCAAAGACCGUCUCGGCGUACGUCACGAUCGCACAUCCCAAGGCGGUGCUCCAGCACCUGCACGACAUCACCCCGGCCAAGGCCAAGGCAAAGGAUGCACAGAGCGAGCCGAUUCAGCUCGACGACAGGCUCACCGGCACCGUGCUUGCCGCGCUCAUCGCCUCGUUCGCCGACGGUCAGUCGUUCGAGGGUCGCCAUUUGCGCGUCGACCUCGUCAAGUCCAUAUCGCCCAGCGAGGUGCUUACCUCGGGUCUCGAAAAGGUCAAGACGUUCGAUGGCCAGCUCGUCGGCUCGAGCAGCUCCACCACCGACCCCAAGAGCACCCUCUUUGUCGGCGGCCUCGACUUUGAGGUCGACGAGGAGGAGGUGCGUGCCUUCUUCGAGGCCAUGCUCGUCGACGAGCUCGGCGAGGCGGGCGAGGCCGUCACGCUGCCCGUGGCGGGCCUGGAUGGCGAACCGGCGCCCAAGGAGCUGCUCGAUGCUCUGUCGCGCGAGUUCCCGAUCGUGCCGCCCGAGAAGCGCAAGGUGACCGACUCGGUGGUGCGCAGUGCCGAAUGGGUGCGCUCCGUGCGUCUCAUCCGCGACGCGGCCACGCAGAUGGGCAAGGGCUUUGGCUAUGUGCGCUUCACCUCGCAGCAGUGCGUCGACGAAGUGAUGGCCGCAUUCAAUGCCGAGCAGGCCUUCCUCGAGUCGGUCAAGGGGCCCAAGGGCAGUCUUGGCGCCUCGGCUGCCAUCGCACAGGGCGGCAAAGAGUUCAAGCGUCGCUUCAAGCUGCACGGUCGACCCAUCCGCGUCGCUCUGUGCAAGUCGCAGACGAAAUCCACCACUCCAGCUCGGCGCAAUGCGAACGCGGGCGGGGAUGCGGAGCCCACGACGCCGCAGCGCAAGUCGCCGCGCUACGAGCGUUCGAGUGGCGCACCUACGCCCAACGGCACUUCGCCCCACGCGCUCGCGGCAAAGCGUCAGCGUCCCGGUGCGACCAAGAUCGUACCCGGCAGCCCGAGUGCAGCGCGCACGGCCGACAAGGCCGACAUCGCCAAGAAGGCCGAGCUGUACGCCACGCUCUCCAAGGACCAGCGCAAGCAGAUGAAGAAGGACGAUGCCGACCGUGUCAAUCGCCGCAUGGCCAAGAAGAACAAGAAGCUCGCAGACGGCGCACACCCCGCACGCCGAGACAGGUCGCUUGUUGCAGAGGGCGAAAAGGCCAAGACCAAGGACAAGGUCAAGCUGCGCCAGCCCACCGCUGCCUCCCGCCCCGCCAACAAGGCCGGCGGUCGCGAUGCAAAGCGCUUCAAACCCUCGGGACCCAAAGCCUCAGGCUCCGGUCCCAAACGUGGCCCUGCCAAGUCGAGUUGA